UGCUGUCAUCAGUUGCCGUUGAUAGACCGAUCAGUGAGGAGCUGACUAACGCACCGUAAAUUUUUUGUUGUUCGAAGUUCUUAGGAAGAAAAAGAGUCCAAAUAGUGGAGCAAGACGAUAAUCCGAGUUGUUUCAAAAAUACUUUGAAUAUUUUGUACAUGUUAUGUCGAGUUUGAACGAAUUCAAAAAGUUUUUGAACGUAUCGCAUGUUCCGUUUCCCACUGAACAUCUUCAAAGUUUUGUUUUGAAUCUGUUUAUUGUUACCGCUCUUAAAGUUAAAAAUUAUUGACUUAUCUCCGUAGUUCACACAAAUUACUAAUUACUGUUCCCAAGCUGCCGUUUAUUCGAAAUUAUUGAGACGUUCUCUGUGGUUUAAUUUUGGAAAAACAAAGUUUUACGCGCUACGCUUUGUUUUUUCCCGUUAUCGUAAACUUCAUUAUGUUAACCGUAUAACUCUGCUAAUGGAAAAUCCAAGCAUGAUAUCAACCGUUAAACAAAUCGAAUGUCAAAUAAAAGAAAUUUUUGAAAGAAUUCGUAAACUAACCGAAGAGUAUAAUAAACUUGUAAAUGAUGAGGAAAUCGAACGACCAAAUCAGCUGUUAACCGAACAGUCUAUUAAAGUGCACCAGAUUAAUUGUUUGUAACAAAAAUUGUUACUUAACCCCGACCGCAGAUUUUGCUGAUGCACAAGAUUUUUUCCGAUAUUCACUAUGACAAAAAAUCCGUUAUUUCUAAUGCUUCUACCUAAGUGAAAGGAGUUCUAGGACAUUAAAGAUUUCAAGGGGAAGUUUUGAGUCCGAAGAAUCAUACUUAGAAUUAUUACAAAAACAAGGUGACGCUGCAAAGGCUCAGUUAUUAGCAAAACAAACUGAAGAAAGUGCGCAGAGAAAAUUAGAAAUUCUACAACAGAAAAAAGAAAUCAUCAAGUUAGUGGAGAACGCCAAACAUGAAGCCAAGUUGGCACAGAUUGAAAAAACAUUCGAAGAACAAAAGGCACAAAGUAUGUCAGGAAAUAGCAGCCAAGAUGGUAGCAUCAGAUCAGGGUACUUCAAAACACGAAACCCUGCUAGUUCAUCAUACCUUAUCGAGAAAAGUGGGAUUAUAGGAUUGCAAGAAAACAUACCUGAUCCAUUACCUGAUAAACCUGAUUACCUGGGAAACGAAAGUGCCGAACUGAAAGAAAUGAAUGAGCAAGUAGAGUGCAGCACGCGACAAAAGAAAAUUAAUCAAAUGCAUGAUGGUAAAUACAUUCUACCUUUCUCACCAAGUAAUUGGGAAAAAUCAGAUAUUGUUUUAGAACGAAAAGAAAAAUCGGAGAAAAUCGAUGCAUUUAUCGAAAACCUUGUUGAAGGGGAGGAAACUAAUCUGAAACAACAAAUCAAAUCAUUUAAAGCAUCGGCAGCCUUCCUAUGGGAGUACGAGAACAGACACCUACUAAAAAUCGAGUUAAAACAAUUUGAUGGAGAUCCAGCAAAGUGGCCAGAUUUCAUACAAAAUCUUAAAUCGAGAGUUCAUGAAAAAACAUCUUUUAACGAUAAAAUUCGUAUGGAACGACUCAGUAGUGUACUUGAUGAAGAAGCUAAGAAAGCGAUUAACUCGGUUGGUACCAGACGUAUUUUUUAUGCAACGACUCUUAAAACGUUGAAACGCAACUUUGGAAAUGCUAUUGUAGUAUCCCAUCUGAAACUUAGCACUUUAUUAGAACUGCCGCAAAUUAAUGCUAACGAUCGAAUGGCACUUCGUAGAUUUCACCAGCAACUUAAGUCAACUAACACGUGACUGAAAUCCAUGGGUUACGAAUCUUCUCUAAAAUUUACAGAAAAUUUGUCUAAAGCUGUACGUAGAUUACCUUAUCCUUUACGAAAUCAAUUUUUUAGAAAUUCGUGUGAUAAAUUCAAUACAGGUCAAGAAGGAGAUCUCGAGGAAUUCGAAAUUUGGUGGGAUCAGAAACUGAAAGAGUAUUUCAAUCCAAUUGCAACUCUUGCAAACCAAGCGAAAGUGAAGAGGCACGACAACAAAGACCUAGACCGAACAAAAAUCUACCGUAGGCCUGCAUCAACAAACAACGUUUACAAAGUGAAAUGUUGGUAUUGCGAAGGUGAUCAUAAAAUUGUCCAGUGUCAAGACCUUUUGAAGAAACCAAUGGAUGAAAAAAGGAAAAUCGUCAAAGAAAAAAGGGUCGAGUGACCAUUUAAUAAAAGCACGCAAGUCAGAAAAGUCUUGCAGGGUAUCAGACUGUGGAAAACGACAUUAUACUUUACUGCAUUUUGUAAAGCCACCAGGUCCGGCACCAGAAAAAGACGAUCUAGAAAUAAGCUCCAAUGUCAACCAAGGAAAGUAUAGACCUGUUGGUAAUGAAUUUCUACAAAAGUUACCAGUUGUUAUGGCAAAAGGAAAUUCGUGACAAAUGCUAUGCUAGAUUCCGGAUCAGAUAUCACAUUGAUUCCGAGAGAUGCAGCAGAAAAACUUCGAUUAACAGGAACUGAGAAAUCACUUCAAAUUUCAAACGCAUUAACAGAAAUCAGAUUCCUCAAUUCAAAAUUAGUAAAUUUUCAAAUUUCUUCUAUUAAAGAAAAGAACUCAUUUGAUGUAUCAAACGCAUGGGUAGUCGAGAUGGACAUAUAGAUCUCAAAAACAGAUUUCAGCAUCUCAAUGACAUCGACUUGCAGCCUACUGUGGACAGCGACGUCACAGUACUCAAUGGAACCAAUGUACCAAAUCUACUUGUCCAAUAUGACCACAGAAAGGGCAGAUAAGGAGAACCGAUCAUUGUUUAGACAGAACUUGGUUGGGUUUUGAUGGGUGGCAGAAAUCAGACUUUUAACCAAUCUUUUGUUUUGACCUGAACACUUCUCACUGAAAAAUAUGGUUAAAAAAUUCUGGCAAGUGAAGUCAUAUGGAACACUACCAAAACUACAUCCCUAACACUGACUGUCAAUGAACAAAAGGCAUUGACCACCUUAG